AUGGGAUGCAAGUCUUCGAAAGCCGCACCGUCAGAACGGGGCUCGCAAGGCGCUGCUAAACGCACUAGUAUGGACUCCAGAACCAAACGGAGCAGUCGAGGCAUCUCCCCAAAGCCAUCGUCGCCGUCGUCGUCACCGUACUUGGGAACCAAGUCGACGGCGUCCUACGACACCACUUCGGUCCAGAACGACAAACUCUACAAGCUCCUCGUCUCGGCACAGCAAGGCAAAGUCGACGGCGCCGUCCUCGUCCAGAAAGUGCGCAAGUUCAUUACCGUAAAUCCUGCAUUCGCCGCGUACCAAAACCCCAACACCAAAUCCACGCCACUGCACAUGGCUGUACGUUUACUGGAUCUAACGGAUCUCUCGUCUGCCGCCGCUGCGAUUGUUCCUAACCUCGUCACGGCGUAUACGGCGGCCGUCGCGACACGGGACGCGGCUGGCAAUCUACCACUCCACUACGCCCUCGCUCCGACCUCGCACUUUGGUGGCGGACCCCGGACCAGUUUGACCCCACGGACCGCCGUCGUGCAGGCGCUCUGGACCGUCGCACCGAAAUUCGCCCUCGCGUACUGGAAUCGGAACGACGUGGUGUACGAAUCGGGGGACGCCACCGGUGGAUGCUCCCCGCUAUACAGAGUUCUGCAAACUCUACCGGACGACUUUGUGGCGCAUGCCGCCACCACGGUCGAAUACGUACACGUUCUCUGUCAUUUGGCGGCUGGAACGGAACAUUACAAUACCGCGAGCAAGGCCUUUGUCAGUCUCGGCAACACCAGUGACGCCGACAAGCCUCUCGCCCUGCUCUACCGACGAUUCACGCGACAGUUCGAUGCCGCCGAAAAAUUCUUCGACGGAGACAACUCGCGUGACGAAGUAGUGCAACACCGACGACGGUACAAGACGGCGGCAGGGAAUACCUGGAAGAUUAUUGAAUGUCUUUUGCAGCCCCACGCGCCCGCUUCUUCGUCCUGGCAAAUUGUCCACCGCGCCGUACAGGUGGAAACCCCACCCGACCUCCUGAGAUAUAUUGUGGAAACCAACGCUGAAGAUUUGACCACGGCCGACGAAACGGGAAAUCUGCCCCUGCAUCACGCCGCCAUGUCCAAGCCUCACUCGUUGUCGGGUGCGGCUUCGUCUGGCGGAUUUCCCGCCUUUUACACGAAAUUCAUUGUGGAUGAACUCUUGUACAAGUUCCCCGACGCGGCCAGUAUACCCAACGCGGACGGUAAAUACCCUCUCACACUGGCUGUUCAAGCGGGUAAACAGUGGAUUGGUGGUGGCAUCAAGAGCCUUUACGAAGCCUAUCCGGAAGCCCUCACACAGGUUAAACUCAAUGAACAUAAAGUGUUACGCCAGGCGCUUUCGAUGGAUGUCGGAAGCAGCAACCCCAAUUCACCAACAGUCGACGACAGGGAAGAAAAACUCGACUCAAUCAUCCGAGACGAGCAGCACGACGCCAUUAUGCUCGUUCAGCAAGAAACAGUGGACGUCCCGGAGGUAGUCUUUUCUAUGUGGGCUCAUGAAGAAGAUGCCGGCGUGCAAAUGCUCGGUUGCGUGGCACUCCACCGCAUGGUCCGGAAUGUGAACGACCCCGCCGAUACCUUACGAAUAGCCCUCUCCGCCGUAGCAGCGAUUGUCAACGCCAUGAAGGCGCACCCUAAUGAAGUCAUUGUGCAGGAAAAAGCCUGCCAAGUAUUGCAAAGUCUCGCCGUCGUCGACGGUCACCGGGAAGUAUCCUUUGUCGCAUCCGGUGCCGUUGCGUCUAUUGUUGGCGCCAUGCAGGCCCAUGUCAGCGACCCCGGCGUCCAGGAAGAAGCCUGCACCGCGCUCGCCGCCGUGAUUCGUGUCGGUGGCGCCGAGCGCGCCACCAUUGUGGCCAGCGUUAGCGGCUUGACCGCCAUGCUCAACGCCCUCGCAGCCCAUCCCGACGUGGUCGGCGUCCAGGUCGCGGCACUUAACGCCCUCGUCAUGCUCACAUCCUUUCCCCGCGCCAACCUACCCGAUGUACCGCGAUCCCAAACGGAAGCUCUCUUGUUAGCGGCCCGCGACAAAUUCCCGCUCGAAUGCCACGCACACGUCGAAACGCUCCGGUCACGACUGUCUUGAAAUCCGUGGCGUGGGAGAUGGCGAUUUGGUGCCCACCCACCGGAACAAAUGGAUAGUGUACGUCGGCUCAAUGGCUGCUGGGCGGAAGUUUCCAAGAGGGGUGUGACUU